GAAACUUCAUGAUGUGGGGUUCAUCCAAAAAUUCACCUCUCAGUCCUUGGCCAUCCGAUGAGCUGAGCUGGUUCGUAUUGGAACGAACAUCUGAUAUGGCAUCUCAGUGUAUAAGUAUACAUUGAAUUCCCUCGCAACAUCAUCAUCCUCCACCAUCUUCAUCAUCAGCUUCAGUUCCUUUUAUCCUUUCUUCCAUUAUCGUUUCAUUCUUCGGCAGCGCCAUUUUCACUAUGAAAUCUUUUGAAAUUCUCAUUCUCGCUGCUUUGGCCAGCAGUGCUUCGGCACAGUUCUCUUCGGGCAGUGCGAACUCUGCUGGUCCAGGUUCGGCUCCGUCUGGUCAACCAACGGGCACAGGAGGACUUCAACCAAUCCCAAGUGGAGGUUUCUCAGCUCAAAGUGGUGGACUUGGAGGCGGGUUUGCAGCUCAGAGUGGUGCGUUCGGAUCUGGUGCGGCAGGGACUGGAAUAAAGCAAACUGGCUCAGCCCGAAGAUCGAUGACUGGAUCCUUCUCUGGCACUCCUCCAUCAAGCGUACCAACUGACGCUGCGAAUGUUCGACGUCAAGCGCCAUCCGAUAUACCUUCAGGCUCUAUGAUGCCGUCAGGCGCAUUACCGUCGGGCCCCAUGCAAGUCGGCACUAGCGCUAUGUCUAGAGGCAUGCCAAUCGGAACAGGUGUACCUUCAGGCUCUAGCGUCCCUCCUACGAUGUCAGGAGCACCCAAUUCUAUCGAAGGCAACUUUGCUAGUGGAUCUAGUGUUCCGCCAUUGAAGUCUGGGUCUCCUUCAGGGACACCACCAUCAGGCGCGCCUCCCUCGAUGACCGGUCAACCCACAGACAUAGCGCGUCGUCAAGCCCCUUCAGAUCUCCCUUCGGGAUCUAUGACGCCUUCGGGGAUUCCUUCGGGCGCUCCUCUCUCUGGCUCGAUAAUGCCACAAGGCACUGAAUCACCCACAGGACCUAAACCCUCCGGAUCUGGCACUCCUCUUUCCAUGACAGGAACACUUGGAUCCGCUGCAGGCGACUUUGCAACUCAGUUGGGAGCACCUCCAUCCGGUACACCUUCGGGAACUCCGCCAUCUGGAACUCCGCCAUCUAUGACGGGAGCUCCCUCUUCUCUAGCUGCUCGCCAAGCACCAAGCGACGCACCUUCGGGUUCAUUGUCAAUGAUGCCAUCUAUAUCUGGCUCACCCCAAGGAUCCGGUGUUCCAACCGGUCUUCCCUCCAUGUCUGGAGCUCACGACCAAGGAAACUUUGCAAGCGGCUCUGCAGCACCACCGUCAAUGUCUGGUACUCCACCAUCCGGUACUCCCCCGUCCGGUACUCCUCCAUCAAUGACCGGAAUUCCAUCAUCUCUAGCUGCUCGCCAAGCCCCCAGCGAUGCCCCUUCUGGAUCAUUCUCAAUGAUGCACUCAAUCUCCGGCUCUCUGUCCAUGCCACCAAACUCCGGAACGCCUACAGGUCUUCCCUCUGGAUCUAUGUCAAUCCCACUUUCGGCUCCUACCGAUGCCCCUUCAGCGAUGGCCAACAUUGAGGCGGCCAUCAGCUCAGGAUUACCAACGAUUCCUAUCCCCACUAGCGGUUUGCCUCUCAUUCCCACACCCAGUGGCUCGGUUGGAGCCUUUGCGUCGGGAGCUGGGUUCGGAUAUCCCAUGAGCGUUACCAAGAGUGGAGAGUUUGUGCCUACUACUUUUGCAACCAGUUUGAAGCCAAGUGCUUCUGCCUAAGAAUCGAGAAAUGGCGUGGGAGACUUACGAGUUCCCCUGUGUUCUCUUUAUGUUUGUUCAUGAUGGGUGCUGGAUGGUGUUUGAUGGAGUAGAAAAAUGGCGGGAAAAAGUUUAGACAUUGGGAUUGAUUUGUGUUUGUAUUUCUAGAUCUGAAGUAGAGCCAUCUUUACCUACGCAACAAAGUUCUCUCUUGAUCAUGUCUGUAUUCAAGCAAGUU